UAAGUCAGCGGGCACAAAAGCAACAAAGACCAAUGAAAAGGCGACAGUGAGGAGAAACAGGAGGAUCCUCUCUGUGUGACAAACAUCUACUGCCUGUAUCAAACUGACAAUUUAACACGACAACAUCAAAUGGUUUAAAUGUUAGAGUUAAAUAGGAACUGGACGAUAAAUGUAUUCCAUUAAAGCAACCGGCGAGUGGCCGCCAUCACCCCUCAAAAGAGCGAAAAUCUGCCACCCCAAAGAACUGCUCAUUAACUCUGGGUUUUAUGGCUUCUAUCUGGAAUGUACCAUUCCAAAUCUUUUAGGGGAGUAUGGCGCUAACGGCUAAAAAUACGAAACAUUAAACAACAAGACUGUAACUUGAGUAUUAGGUCGGUCGUAAAGACUCCGUUAAAUAGUGUCGAAAUUUAAGCAAGUUUUGGAGAAGCAUUUUAUUUCCCAACAGCAAGGCUCUUGGAAAUUACGAAAGCCCUUACAAAAGAAAUGAUCCGUCCCACACCAGACCACCACGGAAAAUGGCGACUGUGAAAUAGAUGGAAGACGAAAGUAGGAAAUUAUUAAAUGUGGCGUUUUAAUUGUUCUCUGCUUCAAUUCACGACGUUAGAAGGUGAUUGCAAUGGAGAUGUCAUGUCAGUCCAGUGUUGAUGAAGAUGACAAAGAUGCAGAUUCUGAAAUCAGUGCUUUCACGCCAUUGCAAGAGCCAGAGAGAAUGGCACACCAAUCAUCUUGCACUGAUUUAUUAAACAAGCCUGCAACGCAUCACAAAAGUGGCCUUGAUGUUCUAUCAAACGUGGAAGUGUUGUCUUCUGAUGACCUGGGAAAUGGACCUUCUAUGCAUCAGGCCUCAGAAGCCAUCGAACACAACUGCAUAUCUAUUGAGAAAGACGAGGAAAAAAGUAUCACCACACUAAAAACUGUGCAGGAAAUAGACACAGCAGGAAUUUGGAACUUUGAUGCAGAUUCUCCAGAUGACUCGUUGGACGAUUUUGGCAGUGUUAGUGCCCUUAAUUGGGCCCCUCACAAAGAAUAUAUGCAGUUUCUGUGGGAGAAUCAUAGCGAUUCCCCUGAAGAGGAAACUAAAGACCAAAUCAGUCCAACAGACAGACAAAGAAGGAAACGGAAAAUGGACAUGGUGGUUAUGGUGGAUCCAUCAGAAGACUUGUACCCUGAUAUGGGCUCCAAGUCAUUUGACGAAUCAUCUGAUAUUGAUGGUCAAGUUGAUACAAGUCCUGUCAGAAUGUCACCAAAGCUUUUCAAACCUCCCUCAUCACCAACAGGAAAGCUGUCCAAGUAUCCCAAUGGAUCUGCAACUGCCAUUAAAGAAAUGCUUCACAAAGCACCUGUGAGAAUUUCACAUGAGAACAGUUUAAAUUAUAGGCUUUCUCAAAUUAAGGAGAAACCUCCAUCUUACCCUUGUUCAAAGUGUGACCUUGUGUUCACGAAACAGGAACACUUGCAGCGCCAUUUGAAAUCUCACAUCGACUCUCCUGGUAUUUCACAAAAGCCUUAUACCUGUGCAGAAUGUGGGCAGUCUUUCAAACAAAGCACUGCGCUUGCUGAUCACAUAUCAACCCAUCAGGUAAAGAAAACGAGACGCACAGAAGACAUCAAAGGCAAUAAGAAAAAAUAUAAUAAAAAGCUAUUCUGUCCUCAGUGUCCAUUCGUAACAAAUUUCCCAAACACAUUCGUCCAACACGCAAAAACACACGAAAAGGAAAAGAGGAAUUUUGGAUGUGACAGAUGUAGCUUCAAGACAUUAAGUCACACUGAACUCAGAAAACACGAGUGUAUGAAGCAUACUAUCGUUACAGGUAAAAAGCAACUCCAGAGCAAAGAUUCUAAAAGCUUCCCCUGUACCCUUUGUUCCUAUAAAGCUUUUGCUGAACAUGUUUUUCAUAACCACCUAGUUCUACGUCAUCAGAUGACUUUGAAGGAGUACAUGGAAGCACAGAACAACGGCAAGGACACACAAUCUCAGGGCCACAAGGUCACAUCCCAUAGGGUUUCUACUGCACAAAAAGAGUUUACAUCAAAUGUCACAAAACAAAAUCAAAACUUCUCUAAAGGAACUCCUGACGAGUCCACUGACAUUUCAGACCUGUUUAGCAGCAAGCUUCAGAAAGGUCCAAAGACUCUGUCAACAGAAUCAAAACUUGAUAGAUCCAUUAAUGUGCUCUUGUCUCGGCAAAGCCAGGGAAAAACAUCUCCAGAUAAGAAAGAAAGCAAUAACUGCAGUGCAAAAGCUCAGGAUUCCACAAUUGACAAUUUUGAUGAUUAUGAUUCUCUUGAAAUGCUGUCUAGCAAAGUGGGAGAUUCUCCGAUGUCUGAAAACGGGCUCAAGCUUAAUAUUGAAAAUUCAUAUAAGAAGUCACAGUCAAAACGAAAGAUGUCCACCCCGUAUCGCAACACCUCUGAUCAAGACUCAUGCUUCAUCUUACCAAAACAUUUGCCAAGUCACAAAAAAGUAAAUCUAGAGGAAGAGUUCUCUGACUGUGAGGACAAAGACUUUCUUCAGAUCAAUGAGUCGAAUGACAGUAGUACUCUUUUUGAAAGUAGUCUUGAAAAAGAAAGAAAAAGCAUAUUUUAUACUUAUAGUAGGAGGAUGUCCAUGAGAGGCGCUCUACAGGCAUCCAAACGGUUGUUUGACAAGAUAAAGACAGAAGAUGAAGAACAAAGCAUCCCAGAUAUCAAAGAAGAAUGUAUUGAAACGGAAGUUUUUCAAGAGACCUUUGAGUCCCACCAAAUACCAUUGGGGGAAUCCCUUGAUGAUGAUUUGUCCGAAUUAGAAUCUGGCCAGAAGAAUUGUCCAUAUUGUCCAGCUAUGUUUGAGUCUGGUGUUGGACUUUCCAAUCAUAUACGAGGACACCUUCAUAGGGUUGGAUUAAGCUACAAUGCACGCCAUAUUGUUUCUGCUGAGCAGGUGGCAUCACAAGACAGGAAGCCGCGCAUUCGAAGGAAGAUUGCAGCCUUCCGGCGACUGAGAAAAGCAAUACAGCUGGAGUCAGAUUCUGAGACUGUGAAGGGUGUUCAUGCUUGCCCAUUAUGUGGGGAUUCCUUUGACAACAGAACUGGGCAAUCCAACCACAUAAGAGGCCAUCUGAAGAAGCUUGGCAGAACCUUUUCCACAAAGAGCAAGUCCCCAAUAAUUUUACUCCGAGAGCUGAUGCGUGACAAGAAGGAGUGCCAACGAGCUCUUCAGAUUUUAGGAAAAAGACGGAACCAUUUCCACUAUGGUGCUUCACCAAAGCUGCACACUGCUAAUCGUUUCACAUCUUCUUUGACGGAAUUCCCAAAAAACAAUUCUUUUGCAAGGGUUUGCAGUGAGACCAAACCCCUGACAGCUUCAUUUUCUUUCGAUGAAAGUGAGGCUGAAAAUGGGCACCGGGAGACCGAUUUGGAGGUCAAAAAUUCCCUCUCAGGCACCACUGAUUUGAUAGGAAUUCUGAAGAGGAGGAAGUGCCAGGAAGAAGCCAGAGUCAAGGCAUCCUCUCAAGUGUCUAGACACGUGUUAAAAGUUUCCUCAAACAGCGAGCUCAGUUCAGGAUCAAGAGUUCCAUCACUGCCAACCUCAGGAUCUGAGAAAGGUGAAUUCAACAGGAAGGUGUGCAUUCACUGCAAUGCAACCUUCCAUAGUGGAGUAAGCUUGUCCAAUCACCUCCGGGCGUAUGCAAAGAGACAGAGUAUCGCCUUGCUUGAGGGAACAACAAUUGACUGUAAAGCCGUGAGGCAGCGCUCCAGGCCGGGCUCAAAAAAGAAGACGCCGAUGUUAAACCAAACGCCAGAGGAAAUGUACAGGCUCACCUGCAGGUUCUGUGACCUCGUCUUCCAGGGACCGCUGUCCGUCCAGGAGGACUGGAUCAAACAUUUACAGAGACACAUCAUGAACACUGGUGUCCCUCACACUGGGCUGGGCAUGGUGGAGGUCACCCCAUUGAUCACAGAACCCCCACUCCUCAAGACUGAUGAAGACAGCUCUCUGGCAGUCACAAAUGUUGCCUCCUGAGGGCAGAGGGGAUGUCUUCAGACCCGUCCCCCUGCAGCUGUAGGGCCCACGGGAACCUUUUUUAGAUCACUAGAGUGUAUGUGUAUGUACAUGUGAUGUUCUUUCACCUUUUUCUUUAUAAUCAGUACAGUACUGGCCCGAUGUACAAUGUUGCUGGAUAUUGUACACAUUUGAGCAUCUGGACGGUUAAAACUUCCUCGUUUGGAUAUUGUUACCACUGUAUGCUUUCGACUCCCUCAUGGACAGUUUCCUGGCUUUAUGCAGUAGUGUUGAAUCCAUUGCAGAUGAAAGCAACCUUUACCUCAGACUCAUCACGGUUGAUCACUUUUCUUUUGUUUUCAUUGAACAGCAGCCAUUAGGGAUGUCCCGAUCCAAUCACCUGGUUGACGACUCGAUCUAAAAUCGGAUGUGUGGGCGAGGCGACUUUACCCCUUAAGAUCUUUUUUAUUAAUAGAGCCAAAUUCAUUACUGCAGUAACAAAACCCAAAAUGUGAUGAGGACUGAAGAGGUUCAAAAAUGUCUAAAAGCAAACCAAAACCAAUACAUUUGACAUGAGCUAGUCAUGAAUAUUAAUCAUGUUUAUGAUAAAACAACAAUUUCAAAAGGUCAUCAUUCAUUUGUCAGAAUUUUUAAUUGGAGAAAUGAAUCGGAUCACAAAUGUUCAAUAGUUCUGAAGUUACUAAAGUCACCAAAGUUUCUCACAUUAUCGAUCACAUAUUUUUACUAAUAGUUGCGCUCUUUUUACUCGAUUGUUCAAUCUUCUUGUCAGAAGUACUCCGUUUUAAGAGUUAAAUGAUAAUAAAUGGUUAAUAAGAUAAAGGAAUCCAUUUUUAAAAAUGUGUUACAAAAGUAUUUUUAAUCAGGACUCUAUCAGCACUCAAAUGAAUGGGAUCGGGACAUCCCUAGCCGCCAUGAUGAUGCUUUGUGUUCCAGCAGGGGCGGGGGGGAUUCCCCUGAAGGUGCAAAAAAACAAACCUGUUUGCAUAGAAAAUGUUUUUAUAGAAUUUCAGUCAAUGUGUUGUUUCUAAUACAAAAUAAAAACUGAAAGUGGAUGAGAGCGGUCCGUGCGGACCACGCCUUCCAUGUCACUUAUAUUUUAUGUUCAGAUAUAAUGUUUGAAGAUAAUUUAAUUUUAAUUGUACUAUAUUACUUAGAUAAAUGCGUAAAACGUUUGUGUUGCUCUAAAUAAAAAAGACAAACAAAAAAACAA